AUGCUCUCUCUUCUCGUGUUGGCGGGCGUGUUCGCCUCGGCUGCAGCCAAACCCUGCGUUGGAUUCGACGCAAACUGGGGUCUCGGUGGGAACAUCAACAUUGACAAGGACCGGAAGACCUACCAGAACUCGCUCUACGUCCUCAAUGCUGAUACUACACAACCAUCCAAUAUUCACAUUUUUAGCUUUGAUGCUCAAGCCUGGUCUACGCAAAAGGUGUCCGCAGACGGAACCGAUCCAAACUCGCUUCUUGCGAUUUUGGACCGAAAUACAAAUGUCUUUUUCGCCUUGUCAAACUCGCAGCUUUACUCGCUCGACAUGGCCUCGCUCACCCAGUCAGACGGCGGCACAAGAGGAUGGCAAUUCGUCCAGGCGCCAGCAUUUGCCCAGAACAAUGCAUAUCCGAAACCUGUAAUGGCGCUCGCCGAGAACCAUAUUCACUUCCUCAAUGUCGGCAAACCGGCAACGGCAGACAUCUUUGUCAUUCACUUUUCGUACAUGCAACCUGAACAACAGGUCUUUGCUCCAAUUGAAGAUGGUGGCGCUGGUGCUCCGUCGACGACUGGCCAUACGGCGUCCAUCUUCAAGGGUGUCGACGCAGUUCAGACGAAGUUUGCAUUUGUGCCCGACGACGGAGCUGCCACAUGGGUGUUUGAUGUCAUUUCCAACACGACCCAGACGCUCAAGGGGCCAACCGACAAGUCGACGCUCAUGAUUGCCGCAAGCCAGCGCGAGAUUGUUCAAAUGACAACGUCGGGUGACGUAUACUGGAUGCCGUAUAACCCAGAAGACGCACAAGCGAAUUAUGGUGCCAAUUGGAGCAGGAUCGCUCUCAACCUCACGACUCCCACGCCGGCUACAGGAAACUCUUCCUCUCAACCGUCUUCUGGGCCGACAAGCUCUGGUGCUGCUACGACCACCACCACCGGAGCUCCAUCUGGGUCUCGUCUUUCUGCCGUUUUGCAUUCGGGUGUUGCUGCCCUCGGACUAUCCCUUACCGGACUCUGGAUCCUGUUUUGA